AUGGGCAAACGGAAAAAGUCUUCAAGAAAGCCAGCUCCUGCUAGGCGGAAAGAACCUCUCGACACCACCUUUACCUGCCUAUUCUGCCACCAUGAAAAGUCUGUGACCGUCCGAAUGGAUAGGAAGGAAGGCGUCGCCCAGCUAGUCUGCAAAGUCUGUGAUCAACGAUACCAAAGCAAAGUAAACCAUCUCACAGAACCAGUCGACAUAUACUCUGAAUGGAUUGACGCUGCCGACGCUGCUCAGAGAGAAGAAGAGGCUCCCCGACGACCGGUCGCCUCUUCUUCCAGACCCGCUCCAAUACCUGCAUCAGGCGAUAGCGAUGACGACGACGACGACGAUGAGUGA